AUGGCCGAGAAGGUAGCUGAUGCACAGAUUGUUGAGCAUGUUGGCUCGAUCGACAAGACCAAGGAUGUCGUCGAGGUCAAAGAACUCAAGGGCAGCGAAGCCUACAACGAGGCUCUGCUCCAAGAAGCCGUGCCGCUCACGCACCCACGCACAUUGCAGCUGUUCGCAUGCCUGCUCAUCGGCUUCUUCUGUCAGACCAUGAACGGAUACGACACCAUGAUGUUUGGCGGUCUGCUCAACAACAAGGAGUACUUCCUCAAGCACUUCAACGGAGAAAACAAGGGUAUCUGGGCUGGUCUGAUCAGCUCCAUGUACCAGAUCGGCGGUGUAUCCGCUCUCCCCUUCGUCGGACCUGGCAUUGAUCAGUGGGGACGACGCUUCGGCAUGUUCAUCGGCAGCAUUCUCAUCAUCAUCGGCACGAUCAUCCAGGGCAUGACUUCGCACAACGCCUCCGAAGGGCUGAUGAUGGGUGGUCGGUUCGUGCUGGGCUUUGGCGUCACCAUUGCCGCUGCAGCCGGCCCCAUCUGGAUCGUCGAAACCGCCCAUCCCAAGUAUCGCGGUGUCAUCACCGGUCUCUGCAACACCACCUGGUUGGCCGGCUCCAUUCUGUCUUCUGGAGCUGUCCGCGGCGGUCUCAACAUCAAGGGCAACAACUCGUGGCUCAUCCCUGUCUGGUUGCAGGUUGUCUUUCCCGGCCUGAUCGCCCUGUUCUGCUUCUUCCUGCCCGAGUCGCCUCGAUGGCUCUAUGCCCACAACAAGCGCGAAAAGGCACACAACGUCUUGACCAAGUGGCAUGGCUAUGGCAACCCUGAAUCCGUCUGGGUCCGACUUCAGCUCAACGAGUACGAGGAGUUCAUCGAGAUGGACGGCUCUGACAAACGCUGGUGGGAUUACCGUGCUCUGUUCAACAAGAGAUCGAGCAUCUACCGAACUGCCGUGGCCUGUUGGUUCUCUGCCUUCACGCAGUGGGCCGGCAACAGUGUGCUCUCCUACUUCAUGGGCGCCGUCCUCGACACGGCCGGCAUCAACAGCUCCGUGGGCAAGGCCAACGUGCAGCUCGGCUACUCGGUCGAACAAUUCUGCUUUGCCGUUCUCGGUGCACACUUUGUCGAGAAGAUCGGCCGUCGCAAGAUGAUGCUCGCGGGCUUCUUCGGCACGUCUCUCGUGUGGAUCGGCAUGACCGCCGCGGCCGGCACUCUCGCCAACUCGCUGGUCUCGGGCAACGUCGGCGACGGCGACGCCGUCUUCAGCAACGAGAACGCCGGCAACGCCGUUUUGACCUUCAUCUUCCUCUUCGGCGCCGUGUACUCGUUCAACCUGACGCCCCUGCAGGCACUGUACCCGGUCGAGGUGUUCAGCUUCGAACUCCGCGCCAAGGGCAUGGCCUUCCAAUCCUUCUUCGUCAACGCCGCGGGCCUGCUCAACCAGUUCGCCUGGCCCAUCGCCAUCAAGAAGAUCGAAUGGAAAUGCUACAUCAUCUUUGUCGUCUGGUGUUUUAUCCAGGGCUGUCUGGCGUACCUCUUCUUCCCGGAGACGCGGAAGCGAACUCUCGAGGAACUCGACAAGAUCUUCGAGGCGCCCAACCCGGUCAAGUUCUCCGUGCAGACAAGGACCGUGGCCAUCACCGAGGACAACACGGUGGUUGCUGUCGACUCUGAGAAGGUGUAG